AUGACAAUGGACGUUCAAAAUAAUUACCAAAAUUAUAAAGAAUCGUCUCCCGACACCAAGGAGACGAAUUUCAAUGUCGAAAGUGCGCGAUCGACGCAAAUAUCGAAGAGUGAAAUGCAAACGACUGUACUCAACCAGAGCAAAACUUCGAAACGAUCUUUUGAUGUCGCUUUCCUAAUGAUGCCGGACGACAAAGCAAGACAGAAGCAGCCGGAACGACAACUGAGAGUUUCCAAGCAGUUGUUCAGCACGGAGGAGUGGGAACAGCCGACCAAGAGAGCACCGGAAGUAUACAAACAUCACGAACUGCCUAUCGACGUGUUGGACGAUAAGGACCAAGACGAAGAACGGGUACGAAUCAAUAAUAAUAUUUCCCCUGGAUUUGGUUCCGAUAUUAACAUAGACGUGGGUACAGAUGAAUAUCCAAGUAAAUCCACGUACUUUAGUGAUUCCGAUACAUCUGAACGAUCUCGAAGUCGCCCAAACUCCAACGAAAGUGCGGCCAGGCAGCCUAAAUUUUUACCCGAAUAUAAAAGUAAAAUUUUUGAUGAUCCCACGUUGAUAAGCAUGCAGACGAGAGCCAGAUACGAGAAUAGAUUUGGCGAAAAAUCUCAAGACAUGUCGCCGAAAAGCGCCUUCACUAAAGUGUCAAACUUCACAGUCAGAUCACCGAAUCCUUCAGUAAGUCCCGACAACCUUCACUAUCAGAACUCUAUAAGCCCUCCACUGGCAGCCUCGAGUCCUCCGGCAAACGUUUUCAAUAAAGCAAAUGCUUUCUCCAAUUUAAUUAGCCCCGCGCACCUGUUAAACGGUAAUAGUUUUUUCAAAGGCCAGAACAUGCCAUCUUCCCCUAACUAUCCAGAAUCGAGCAUGGUGCCUCAAAGAACGCCAAAUUUCAAAGGAAUGGAGUAUCAAGGAAAACAGCUGGAGCAUAAAACACCACAAAUAUCACCCAACAAAAUGAACUUUUUGCCAUUCAGACCAGAGAUACCGUAUCUUCAAGCGGGAUCAUCCUACCCAUUUGGCGUACAAAAUUUCCAGCAGCCAAAUGCCGACUUUAUGAAGUUUCCCGUCUCACCGAGGGAGUCUGUCAGUCCACUGAUAGCGAAUCCUGCUGCAGCUAUACUUAGCACUCUGUUGCCGCCGACAUUAGCUGCGUUUUCUUUACCGGCGCAGAACGUUUGCGCUAAAUGCAGCAUCAGUUUCCGGAUGACCUCCGACUUGGUAUACCACAUGAGAACUCAUCAUAAAAGUGAAACGACCAGUGACCCUCAUAGAAGGAAACGAGAAGAGAAGCUUAAAUGUCCCGUUUGCAAUGAGAGCUUCAGAGAGAGGCAUCAUCUGACUCGACACAUGACCGCGCACCAGGAUAAGGAGGGCGACAUGGAUGAUGUAUCACCAGCUAACUAUAAGAAGAGCAAACAAUUUUACCCUCACAACGGCUCUGUUCUUAAAUGA